AUGGUGCCGCGGAUACGGACGCGGCGCGCGGAGGACGACGAGUGUGAUGCGUUUCUGCCGAGUGGCGUGGAUGAAGAGCGCCCGAAGCGUGCGCCGCGCGUGUGGCGGUGGCGGUGGGUGCGCUGGUCGCGGCCAGCUGUGCCGACGAACCGCACGAUUGUCUUGGGCGAGCCGGGGCGGUAUCCACCGAACGUCGUGCGCAACCAGAAGUACAACCUCGUGACGUUCCUCCCGCUCGUGCUGUACGAGCAGUUCAAGUUCUUCUUCAACCUAUACUUCCUGCUCGUCGCGCUCAGCCAGUUCAUCCCCGCGCUCAAGAUCGGGUUCCUGGUGACGUACAUCGCGCCGCUGUCGUUCGUGCUGCUCGUGACGAUCAGCAAGGAGGCGCUCGACGACUAUGAGCGGCACCAGCGCGAUGCGGAGAGCAACAGCUCGCCGUACGAGGUGCUUGGCCACCGCCCGCCCCUCGACGUCGAGGCGCCGGUGCCUGCGACGCUGCCGAGCAGCCGCCUGCAAGUCGGCCACCUCGUCGUCCUGCACAAGAACCAGCGUGUGCCUGCUGACAUGGUCCUGCUCAAGACGUACACGGCCGAUGCGGACGACACGUCCGAGUCCGGCACGUGUUUCGUCCGCACCGAUCAACUCGACGGCGAGACGGAUUGGAAGCUGCGGCUCGCUGUGCCAGCCACACAGCCCCUGUCAGAGAACGAGAUCGCCGCACUCAGGUCACGCGCCGUGGUCGUCGCGGGUCCGCCGUCCAAGGACCUGCACUCGUUCGUCGGCACAUUUACGAUCCACCCGCCGGACGAGUCGCCGACCUGGGGGGCCGAAGACCUCGCGCUCGCCGCCCAGCCACAGGUCACGCCCCUCUCCGUCGACCAUAUGCUGUGGGCGAACACGGUCCUGGCCGCCGGCCGAGCCAUCGGCAUGGUCGUGUACACGGGCCGAGAGACACGCACCGUCAUGAACACGUCGCACCCUCAGACCAAGGUCGGCCUCCUCGACCUCGAGAUCAAUCGCCUCUCGAAGAUUCUGUGCGCCGUGACACUGACUCUCUCCGUCCUGCUCGUCGCCCUCAAUGGGUUCCGCGGCAAGUGGUACAUCUACGUCAUGCGCUUCCUCAUCCUGUUCAGCUCCAUCAUUCCCAUCAGUCUGCGCGUGAACCUCGACAUGGGCAAGACCGUCUAUGCCCGGCAAAUCAUGGGCGACCGCGACAUCCCACAUACGAUCGUGCGCACGUCAACACUGCCAGAGGAGCUCGGGCGCAUCGAGUACCUGCUGAGCGACAAGACCGGCACCCUCACCCAGAACGAGAUGGAGCUCAAGCGACUGCACCUCGGCACCAUGAGCUAUGGCUGGGACAGCAUGGACGAAGUGCGGCGCCAGCUUCAUGACGCCAUGCGCAGAGACGUGCGGCGCUCACGCACCUGGCGCGAUAUGAGUGCCAAGGUGUACGACAUGGUCAUGGCGCUGGCCCUGUGCCACAACGUGACGCCCGUCACGAACGAGGACGGCAGCGUGACGUACCAGGCAUCGAGUCCCGACGAAGUCGCGCUCGUCGACUGGACGCGCUCGAUGGGCGUGCAUCUCGCAGCACGCGACCAGCACUCGAUCACGCUGUCCGGCGACCUCGGCACGUUCGUGUACGACAUCCUCGAGGUGUUCCCAUUCACGUCCGAGCGCAAACGCAUGGGCAUCGUCGUGCGUGACCGCGCAUCCGGCGACAUUUUCUUCUACUUGAAGGGCGCGGACGUCGUCAUGAGCCGCAUCGUGACGUACAACGACUGGCUCGACGAAGAGUGUGGGAACAUGGCCCGCGAGGGGCUUCGGACGCUCGUCGUGGCGCGUCUGCGGCUCAGUAUCGAGUCCUGGGAGCAUUUCCAGCGCGCUUACAGCGCGGCCAAGAUCCGCGUCGAUCGCCGCGACGAGGCCAUGGCCCAUGUCGUGGCCGCCCAACUUGAGCAGAACAUGGAUCUGCUCGGCCUUACGGGUGUGGAGGACAAAUUGCAGGGCAACGUCAAAACGACCCUGGAACUUUUGCGGAAUGCCAACAUCAAGAUCUGGAUGCUCACGGGCGACAAGAUCGAGACAGCGACGUGCAUUGCGAUCUCGACCAAGCUUGUGGCGCGCAACCAGUACAUCCACCAGGUCGCCAAGGUAUCGUCGGUCGAUACCGCUCGCGACACGCUCGUGUUCUUGCAGUCCAAGCUCGACUGCUGCCUCGUGAUUGACGGCGAGUCACUGCAGUUUUUCUUCGACCACUUCCGCCACGAGUUCAUCGAGAUCGCGACGCAGCUCUCCGUCGUCGUGGCGUGUCGUUGCUCGCCCACGCAAAAGGCCGAGGUCACGCGCCUCAUUCGCACGUUCACCAACAAGCGUGUGUGCUGUAUCGGCGACGGCGGCAACGACGUUUCGAUGAUCCAGGCUGCCAACGUCGGCAUCGGCAUCGUCGGAAAAGAAGGCAAACAGGCAUCGCUCGCCGCCGACUUCUCCGUAACGCAGUUCUGCCACAUCACCAAGCUCCUGCUAUGGCACGGCCGCAACUCGUACCAGCGAAGCGCUAAACUGGCCCAGUUUGUGAUCCACCGCGGCCUGAUCAUAUCUGUCAUCCAGGCUGUGUUUUCCUCCAUCUUCUUCUUUGCGCCCAUCGCACUGUACCAGGGCUGGCUCAUGGUCGGCUACGCCACUGUCUACACGAUGGCACCUGUCUUCUCCCUCGUGCUCGAUCGCGAUGUCAGCGAAGACAUGGCCCUAUUGUACCCCGAGCUGUACAAAGACCUGACCAAGGGCCGCCAGCUCUCUGGCAAGACAUUCACUACAUGGCUCGCCAUCAGUGUGUACCAGGGCGGGGCGAUUAUUCUCGCAAGUCUGUGGCUCUUUGAGAACGAGUUCCUCAACAUUGUCAGCAUCUCCUUCACAGCCCUCAUCCUCAACGAGCUUGUCAUGGUUGCUUUGGAAAUCACGACAUGGCACAUCUACAUGAUCCUCUCGGAAAUCGUCACGCUCAUGAUCUACUGCUUCAGCAUGGCGCUCCUGCCCGAGUACUUUGAUUUGUCAUUUGUAUUGACCUUCAACUUUGUGUGGAAAACCCUCAUUAUCGUGCUCGUUAGCAGCUUCCCACUCUACGUCAUCAAGGCGGUGCACGCUCGCGUAGCACCGCCCAGCUACAGCAAACUCAUCAUGACAUAG